AUGGGAUCCGGUAACUCAAGAAAUCGAGUUGGAUUAAGUAAAAGUCCAUCGUCAGAUGUUCCGGUCAGAAAAGAGUAUUCAUCAUUAUCUUAUAUUCCUAACAUUGGAAAAGGAAAGAAGACUAGGAAGAUUGGUGAGAAAGAGAUAGGAUUAUCUCUCAUAUUUGACGGCUAUGAGUGCCAUGAAAUUCCUGCAUACUUGCAAUCUCAUCUAUUUAAUAAUAUCAUAACAGAGCCUGAUUUCUUGGUAGACAUAACAAGUGCAGUUCGGGGAGGAUAUCUGCCCAGCAAGCUCCUCAGUUAA